ACGUCGGAAGAGGGAGUCACGCUCUCUCUCGCUCUCAGCCUCCUCUGCUGCAGCGAGGGAAUCCGGGAUAACUUUUAGUCCUUUUUGAUCGUGACGUGAAGUGAUUCUGGUGUGCGGCGCCUGGGAGGGAAUGUCCUAGUGGCCUACAGUGCUAUAGAUGGUUAGGUUGUUGUUGUCGAAGUGAUUUUAUCGUGUGGUAAAGUAAAAGAAUGUCCAACACAUUACGUUAGUUUACAGUGUCAGAUGUGAGUGAAUCAGUUUUUAUUUUUUGAUUGAUCAGUGUUCGUUGUGAAACGAAGGCGUUGUUGACCUUGUGGGCUAGUAACGAUGGUGUUGUGCAGGCACGUGGUCGUGGUGGCGGUGGCGAUGGCGAUAGCGGGGCGCCUCAGCGCGGCUGCAGGUGGUGGCUACCUCAAGAUGUUUGAGGCUCAGCACAACCCGCCCGACCCGUGCUACGACGACGCGGGCGCGCGGCCCAAGAAGUGCAUUCCCGACUUCAUCAACGCCGCCUUCGGGCGUUCCGUCGAGGCCUCCAGCACGUGCGGGGCGCCGCCGUCGCGGUACUGUGUGACCUCGCACGAGAAGGGCGAGGUCAACCGCAAGUGCCACGUGUGCGACGCCGAGGAGCCCGCCCGCGCCCACCCCGCCCACUACCUCACCGACCUCAACAACCCCAACAACCUCACCUGCUGGCGCUCGGCCCCCGUCGACCCCCUCAAGCCCGAGAAUGUGUCGCUCAACAUCUCCCUGGGAAAGAAGUACGAGCUCACCUACAUCAGCCUGCAGUUCUGCGGCCAGAAACCCGACUCCCUGGCCAUCUACAAGUCCAUGGACUACGGGCGCACGUGGCACCCGUUCCAGUUCUACUCGUCGCAGUGCCGCAAGGUGUACGGGCGCCAGAGCCGCCUGGUGAUCGGGAAGGCCAACGAGCAAGAGGCGCUAUGCACAGACGCCCACCUCAGUCACAACGACCCUCUGACCGGCUCGUCCUCGUCCAGGAUCGCAUUCAGCACACUGGAAGGACGGCCCUCAGCCUACGACUUCGACUCGUCGCCGGUUUUGCAGGACUGGGUCACCGCCACGGACAUCAAGGUGGUUCUGAACCGCUUGCACCCUGAGCUCGACGAGGCCACGGCUGACAACGAAAGUGCCGCCCAGGAGCGCUAUAGUUACGCUGUGGCAGACCUGGCUGUUGGCGGCCGUUGCAAAUGCAAUGGUCACGCCUCCCAGUGCAUCCCGGACAAGACCACGGGCGCGCUGGUGUGUGACUGCGCCCACAACACCGCCGGGCGAGACUGCGAAAAGUGCAAACCCUUCCACUUCGACCGACCGUGGGGACGCGCCACGUCCCGAGAGGCCAACGAGUGUGUAGCAUGUGAUUGCAACUUGCACGCUCGACGAUGCAGGUUCAACAUGGAGUUGUACAAGUUGUCGGGGCGAGUUAGUGGCGGCGUCUGUCUCAAGUGCAGACACAACACGGCGGGGCGACACUGCCACUACUGCAAGGAGGGAUUCUACAGGGACUCCACCAAGCCCAUCACGCACCGGAAAGCUUGCAAAGCCUGCGACUGCCACCCCGUCGGCGCCUCGGGGAAGACGUGCAACCAGACGACGGGGCAAUGCCCGUGCAAGGACGGCGUCAUCGGCAUCAUGUGCAACCGCUGCGCCAAGGGCUACCAGCAGAGCCGCUCGCCCAUCGCGCCCUGCGUCAAAGUUCCCGAACCUGCCACCAUCAGACCCUCUGGCGGUGGAAGUGAGUAUACAGGGCAAUCGUGUGGCAAAUGUCGUGUCAACUCUCGCAGACUUAAACUGAGGAAAUACUGUCGCAGAGACUACGCUCUGGUGGCUCGCGUGAUCAACAAGGAGGUCCUCGGCGAGUACACCCGCUUCGACAUCCAGGUGGCCAACGUGUACAAGCGGUCCCGCGCCGUGAGGGUGAGGCGCGGCGGCGACCAGCUGUGGGUGAGGAACCAGGACCUGGUGUGCAAGUGCCCCAAGAUCAAGAUGGGCAAAGAAUACUUGAUCCUUGGACGAACAGACCGCAAGCAGCGGCCAGGUCUCGUCAUCAACAGAAGGUCCAUCGUCAUAGAGUGGCGCAACGACUGGCAACUGCGCAUGCGCCGCUUCAUGAAGAAGGCAGCGAAGUGCCGACCGUCGAGGUACUGAGGAGGGUCGCCGGUGGAUCCUGGUGGUGCCAGUCAAGUCCCUCCGGGCUCAGCGCCAAGGAGAGUGCCACUGGAUGCGUCUUUUAUCGAGCAUAAUGGGAGGAGAAGGGAUCCUACGUGAAGCAAAGAAUCUCACAUGACCAAGAUACUUUUAUUUCUCGUUUACGAACCGCCGUGCGAAGGCGAGAGUGGGCGGGGAGCGGGACGGACGCGUGGCGGACGGGUCUCCCGUAGGGGGACUCUGGACGAGAACAAAAAAGGGAAAUCUUGUUCAUCCGCUAAACCUCCAAGGCCGCGGCUUGGAGCUCGAGCUGUGUCUUGGGGCAAACAGCAUAUCACUCACUUUAGCUUAACUCGUAGCUUAGAACGGUGACUUCAUGUAGUGAUCUGGGUUAUUGUCUAGAAUCCACGGCCACGGGCUACCGGUCUCGGUUAUCGGUGUAAUGGCCAGGUCAUUGACUAGUGACCUUGGCUGUUGCCUUUUGACUAGGGGUGGCGGCUCUGGACCUGGGUUAUGCAAAAGGCCCAGAAAGUGACCUGGGUUAGUAAAAUAUGCCUAGGUAAUAACCUAGGUUAUUAACAAGUAUGACCUACAUAGUUGCCUAGGUUAUCGGUAAGUGUGAACCAGGUGUCGGCCGUAGUCAUUGAGCUGCGCGAGGGGCGAACGGGAGGGGGGGGGGGGGGGCGGGGCUGAUUGACGAGUAAUGACUUAGGCCGUGACCUGGCUUGCUGAUGAGUAAUUUGCGUUGUAUCAAUGUUCAGGAAUGUCACACUAAUAUCUGUUUAUAUUAUUAAUGGCAAAUCCGCCAUUAGAAAUAUAUUGCUUUAUGCUCUCUUACCUUGUACGUUUUUGAUUAGUGUACAUACAGACCACAAAUGAUGCGUGUUCAUUAAAUGAAUCGUAACUGAAAUUAUAUAUCUGAUUAGGUUUAGUUGAAUUCAAUGCACGCUCAGGCCCGAAAACGGCGAAACGCCACUCGGGAGAGAACAGUCGCAAUACCGAUCGCUGAUUGGCCUGCAUGGGAGAGUAAGGUAGCCAAUGGCGGCUUGGAUAUGGCGUGGUUUGGGCGCGGGCGCGUGGGCGUGUGUUGACGACGGUGCCCCGGCCGCGGGCGUGUUUGGUUAACAGCUUGGCGGGCGCUACCUCGUCCGCAGACAAGUUCCUAAUUUUACUCUCCAUAUUCUUAUGUUCUGCGCGGCUGGUCCUGGAUGGAGCGCGGGAGGGGGGGGGGGGGGGGUCGCAGCCAUAUCUGCCUGGAAGCACUCGCCGCCCCGGUAAUCUGGACAAAAUUCGUCAUGCAAGGUACAAAACGCGACGCAAUCGUGAGCGCGAAUUGGCAGCACGCGAGCAGCUGGGCAGCGAGCGAGGGCGAGGGAGGGGGAGAGAGGGAAGUGGCGCCGCGCGAGCAGUGCCAUCCAGGGCCAUCCCGAUGCACUGUAGUGUACUGCUGUAUAUGUCGCUGUCUGUGUGGGUACUUAAGCUGCCUCUCAUCCUCUCGACGUCGUAACGUAGUUCCCGCUGGAAAUCAUUCAGUCAAAUCAUUUCGUCGCUUCCCAGAGGUUCCCGCUAAAGAGGUAAUAAUUCAGCGCCUUAGCCCAUAUUGGGUGCUGUCGACGGCGCGAGAUUGGCGCGAUUGGAGGAUUCGUUAGAUGUUAGGCUUUGGAGCAUGAGAGACGGUCGUAACCUUAAGGUGAUAUUCUAGGAGUAGUCUCAGCUAAGUUCCGCUACAAACACACUGUGUCGGGUUUACUAUUCUAACAAGGGGAGCACUAUGUUAGCAAAACUGGCAACAGUUUGGUUGAAAUACCGCUUUGGUUACCUGGAAGCCGUUUCUAUCAUCAAGUUUAAAAUUUAGUCCAAACAGAUGCAAUCAGUAAGUAAAUAAAGAAACAAAACGUAUAUCUCCGGCUGUAGAACAGUUGGGUGUUCCAUUGUCAUCUUGAGAAUUUCCCGUGAUCCUUUAAAACACAGAGACAAAAACUUAGUACUGGGCAUUUAGCUAAGACCAGUCUUCACAAUAGCACCGUUUACUGUCACCAUUAUUUAUUUGAGCGUGGAGGAACAGCACCUAGAAAUAGAUGUUAGGGCGUAACUUACGAUUUCUUGGCUGCCCCCUCUGUCGGUCUAGUUUGUCCAUAGUUCCCCGGGUGUUCGGCUCGUCACUUGACCCUUAGAAGGCUGAGGAAACGGGGCGUGGGUGAGAGGAAGUCUUGGUUGCUCGUCGGUCUCGUAGAGUGUAGGUUCUGGAGUCGAGUGUUGCAUACUUCGUAGGUGGUUGUGGUGGCGAAGUUGCUUGUAUAUAAGAGGUGUGUGUGUGUGUGUGUGUGCGUGUGUGUGUGUGUGUGUGUGUGUGUGUGUGUGUGUGUGUGUGUGCGCGUGUGCGUGUGCGUGUGCGCGCGUGCGUGCGUGUGUGUAGGUGUGUGAUUGUAAACUUUUACGCCAAUGUAAAAGCAAACAGAAUGAAGAAUGGACAUAUCUCUCGGUCGUUUGCGUGACCCCGUGUGUGAGUGUGUCUUCAGUCGAACGUUGCCCUUCGCCCACCGGCAUCAGAAGCUCGGUGUCAUGCCAGUCUUGACAAAGGGGGCAUGGCUGCGUCCCAGGAGAAAAGGAGUAUUAACCCAAGUGUGGAGUGGGUGAGUGGCUGAAGCAGGGAAAUCACAACUUUCGAGGACAGAAGGAGAAUAAAAAUGGAAGAAUAGAAGGAAAAUUCAAAUACACAGAUAUAUUUACGUGUCUCAUCAUGACACUUUUGGCACCGAGAGGAACGAAAUUUUUUCAACAGAACGUUUUUGUAGAAUUCUUUUUUCUGUAGUUUUUCCCUGGUGGUGGAAGAAGCUGUUAAUCGAACUGCCUCACAUAGUCUGUAUAAAUAUAUAUAUUUAGUAUGCAAAUGCAUCUUGACGUUAUCUGGUAUGACUACAGCCUCCAUCAGACGAUAGCCAACCAAAGUGACUUAGCGAAAUCACACAACUCACCCACUUAAUACGCUAGAUUAACAUUUACAAAAGUCAUUAGCUUUACUGAAAACCUAAUUACUAGAGGAUUAGUUUUCAACAGUGAGUGUCAUCUGCUAACAGUUUCAUUUACAAAACUGAAUAACUUUUACGAGUCGUUGUUGACAUUGGACGUGGAUCGGAGUGCGUGGAUGGCGGGGUCACCACAAGGGCAGCACAAUGUUCUCCAGUUGUGCGGUGGAAACCAAUGGCACACAAUCCGAUUGGUGUGAGUUAUGACUGGCUAGGAAUGCAUUCGAGAAUAACUGCACAGGACGAAUCAUGUGGCCAUCAUCGUAAUUUCACUUAUACCUCAGAUUAAAUGCAAUCAAUUAGAGUAUGGAUUUCUCUAAUGUAGAGCAAGUUUAAAUAAUGUUGUAACUUAGAAAUUUAUUUUAAAAUUAAUGUCCUUGAUGUUCAAAUUAGUGAUUAAUUGAGCUCUUAUCAAUGAUAUAUGUUAGUCAACAAACUGACCCCUCACUGUAAUAGACACUGGAGGCUGAAAUCUGAAGCUUGCGUGAGAUUCUUCAACUUGGUCAAUAGCGAAUUUCUGUCAUUUAGUCUUGCCAUUUAGGAGUUUGAAACCCACACAAUAAAUCACCGUUUCUCCUCGAUUCGUCAGUGACACGCAUCCCUUUUUUCUUACGGCUUUGUAUUUGUCUCGGUUUGUUUGUUUGUCAUAUAUGGGAACUCUUAACAACGGAGUAUUUGCAUUGUUUACCCUUCCGUUGUUUUUGUCUCUCGUCUCACCGCAGGAAAUGACUUCAGAUUUCGUUCUCCAGCUGCUAAAAUUUGUAACUUUUAACUGUCUGUCCACGAGACGUAUAUCUUUAUUUUUGCCACUGUACAGUUUAUUUUUAAGACUGAUGUAUAUUUGCAUAUUUCUGUAUGUGUAAAAAAAAAAAUCACACCUGCAUAAUAUGAUUUUUAUGUUGUGCCAAACCAGCUCUUGAACAUUAAAAUAGCUCUUAAGUGUUUUACUGCAUAAUGUGUUGUGACCGAGUUGUGGUAUCAGUAAGGAUAUUUAGAUAAUCGCGAGACAAGUAACAGAGAAAUAAUAAAAUGUUCAUUGUGGAAACCUUAUUCCCAGAUUGUUCAUUAAGGAAACCCUAUUCCUAAAUUGCUCUGCAACGGAAGCCCAAUUCCACGUGUUGAGAGAAGACCUUACUGUAGUCGCACGCCCUAGGUUGUUGGUGCUGUCCACCCAACACUUCGCAAGCAGAGGCUAUUGUGAAGGGAAAUAAAUGUGUUCAAUAAUGGUACACUGAGGCUACUUCAAGCGUGGAGCAAGCAACAACCUUACGUCACAACACAGUGAAUGACAACAGGCACGUGACAUUACAUCAACAGCAAAACAAAGAAAAUAAAAUUACUAAAAAGAAUCAUACAUUUUCUCCAUCCACAAAAUUAAUAUAAGUGGUGAAUGGAAAAAAUAAAAUCUAGGAAUCUUCACAACCCCAAUUUGAUGAAUAUCCCCCAAAUGGACACAAACCAGAGGAAGAAAGAUGAGCAAAGAGAGCAUUGGUGUGGUGUCAGGUGGCUGUGGUCGAGCGUCGUGUGGUGGUCCUGCAUAUCAGCGGGGGGUCCGGCCGCUGCCUGGAAGGUCGCGAACCUGGGUGACGUGCGGGGAGCAGACUUUGUGCAAGUGAAUGCUGUACGGUUUCGUGAGUGAGGGAAUCAGAUGCUAUGAUUUGGAGUGUUCGAGGUUAACUUUUUUUUUUUUUUUACAUGGUUGAAUUACACUGUGCAGGCCGCAAACAAAAUUAAUAUUCAUGGGGCGUUUUGUUGUUGUAUGGAAAUCUUUUCGCAUUGUGUUAUAUAUAUAAUCUAAAUCAAAGAAGAAUUCCUAAGAUACUAACUGCAGUUGUAAGGCCUUCUAAUAUUGCCAAAAUUUGCUAAUCCUUCUGGUCCCACAAAAUCAGUUGCACGCGGCCAGUGAUAGUCGGCGAGGCUCCAUCCAGCAGAGUGAACGGCAAGGCGCGGCGCCCCCUCGGCCCAUCAGUCAGUUUGUUGGUGUCUGUACGGCGCGCUCUGUACAUAUUUGCUGACCUCUAUUUUUAUUUUAUUUACAUGUGCCACGUGUACCACAGAUGAUUCAUUAUAUCAAAUAAAUGUAUUCGUAAUAGGAA